UGGGAAGAAGGUGUAAGAGUGGUACAAGAUGGAGGCGACCAUGCGGACCUCACAGUCAGAGAAGGAAGAAGGAAGGAGGAGCACCAGACUGGAGACACCUCUGCAACCCGUGUAUCUGGUGUGCAAAAGGAAGCUUGAAAGUAAAAAAGAAGCAUUGCUAAUCCUUUCCAAAGAGCUGGACACCUGUCAACAAGAAAGAGACCAGUACAAACUUAUGGCCAACCAGUUGCGGGAACGACACCAGUCUUUGAAGAAGAAGUAUCGGGAACUGAUUGAUGGGGAUCCAUCCCUUCCACCUGAGAAAAGGAAACAGGCAAAUCUUGUUCAACUGCUGAGUGAGGCUCAAGAUCGAAAUAAGCAUCUUGGAGAAGAAAUCAGAGACCUUCAACAGAGACUGGGAGAAGUAGAAGGGGACAAUAAGCUCCUUCGAAUGACAAUAGCAAAGCAGAGACUUGGAGAUGAUGAAGUUGGGGCUCGCCACUUUGCAGCACAUGAACGGGAGGACCUUGUUCAGCAAUUGGAGAAGGCUCGAGAACAAAUCGAGACUCUGAGGUACGAUCUUCAGGCUGCACUGGAUGAGCUACAGGAUGUGAAAGAGGAACGCUCUUUUUACCAAGAUAAGUCUGACAGACUAAACCAAGAACUUAAUCAUGUCUUAGGAGGCCAUGAAAACCGUAUCAUCGACGUAGAUGCGCUAUGUAUGGAAAACAGGUAUCUUCAAGAGAGAUUAAAACAACUUCAAGAGGAAGUCAACCUUCUUAAGUCUAAUAUUACUAAAUAUAAGAAUGCACUAGAGAGACGGAAAAAUUCAAAGACUCAUAGUAGAUCCAGUAGCAGUGCUCUGACUGGAGUCCUGUCUGCAAAGCAAGUCCAAGAGCUGUUGUCAGAGGAUCAUGGAUGUAGCCUACCAGCCACACCACAGUCCAUUUCAGAUCUCAAAUCACUGGCCACUGCGUUGCUGGAAACUAUCCAUGAAAAAAACAUUAUCAUACAACACCAAAGGCAAACCAACAAAAUUCUAGGCAAUCGAGUGGCAGAACUAGAAAAGAAAUUAAGAACUUUGGAAAUUGCUGGCUUGUGGAGUCUUCCAGGUGGAAAGGAUACCAUAACAUUCAGUGACCCAACCUUACCUGUUAUCCAGCGAUCCAGGUCACCGUUACUGCCGUUUACUGAUAAGCCACAGAGAAUGGAAGUACGGAGUGAGCACCUCGAAGCAGAACAGAAGGGAGAACGUGAUGAAACUUGUGCUGUUGCAAGCAAGUCCCUGGCUCCAGAAGGAACAAACUUAAGUAACAAAAACCAAAAUAAACAUUUUUAUCCUUCAUUACCUCAGCUACCUUCUGAGAAAGAAGAAAUAAACAAGCUCGAAAGUCAGAUAAUUAAACUGACAGAGCAGGCGGUUGCAGAACUGGAAGGGAAAAGAGCGGGCGCUUCUGCAGGGAAGCGGAACACAGUGCCUGGGGCAGAGCUUAAUGGUUCAUCUGAGGGAGAGUCCCCCCUUUCUAGCCCUGACCCAUCUGAUCCCACAGACCCCUCAGAAAACUCGGAGAACGAACGGACAGCUGAAGCCGAGGCCCUGAAAGACAGUGAGGGAACCUCAGAGAGUGAUUGUGAAAUUGCAAAUGAAGGAGGGGAUAGAAACAGCAGCCCUGUGGAUGCAGUGUGUCCUGGGGACCCUGAGGGGCACCGAGGGCUCGCUGGGACAGCUGCACGCACAAAUAACAGCCCUGAGGAGCUCCCUGCCUCUGAAAACAAGAAAGCAUCUGAUCCUGCUGAAAACCGUGACUAUUUGGAUAACAGUUUGGCUUGAGCUCAUCUCAUGAAAAUGCAGGGAGUUAUUUCACCAGAUACUGAGAACCCAAUUUAAUGAAGCUCUGAAGGAAACAUCAUCAGAAAAGCCAGAAGUGUCUCUGUGAGGAGCGGCUGUUCCGCAGCCAGGAGAACAGCAAGAGGAGAAGCGGUGAUGCGCUGUCCACCUACUUGGCUCUCUGUUACAGGAAUCCCAUUCCUCAGCUUACAGGAGGUGGAACAGCCCUCGGGCUGAGUAACGGGUGGUAGAGUUCAGCACACUCCAUCUGUGCCCUCCUUUUUAAAGGAAUCUGUGUCCUUCUAUUUUCUUAUGUUUUGGAAUUCGGGGAUAGCUCUUCCUGUCCUCCUCGUUUCACCAGCCAGGGGUGUGGUCGGAGGGUUAUUUGCCAUGUCGCUGCUGUCUUAAACUUCUUCCCUUGUGUAAGUCUUAGGAAAACGUUCCUAUAAUUGGAGAAAAAGGAGGCUGCUGUGUCAUUCCCUAGCUCUCUCCUGAUGCUGGAGCUGUGCCAGUCUGCUCCUAGGAAGGCAGCAACAAGGGAAUGCUUAACGUUGAAGUUAGCAGCUGUUGGAGAAGGGGAGGCACGUCCUUCCUCUCCUGUUUGUAGCAUAAGGAAUAGUCUCUGCAGCUGUGGAGCUUCUAUGGGCCAGCAGCCGUCAAGGCAAUUUUUCUGCUGGCUUGGGACCUAAUUGUCUGUAAAUGUUCAUUUCUCACUCCUGGAACUUGAAACCAAUCAGAGAGAAUUAAACCAAAUUUAAUAAAAUACUACUAAUAAAAAGGAAAAUCCCUCCCAGAUUGAGUCCUUCUUUGACAAAUAACUGCCAGCUGCAAAUUUUUACAGCCCACUUGUCAGCUACUGAAUAAACAGAGUUUAUAUUAGCAAUACUGACAAACUCUUCUGUAUACGGAAGAUGAGCUAGCAGGUGCUGCCAUAAUCAAGGUGUCAGAGUCCAUGAACAGUUUGUAUUCAGCAGAAGAAAGGCUGUAUGUAAAUUAUUACAUAAAGAUAAGGAAUUAUGGUGGGAAGGUGAAAAAUGGGGCUUGUCUCUGUUCUCAUGUGUUUUCCCUAGCAGGUGCAUUCAUGUAACCCUUUCAGUGUCUGUCUGCAGGCAAUAAAGCCCUGCUCACAGUGAUCCUCAAAUACGUUUCCUUUCUCUUUAAAGGUAAUUUGGCAUUGCAGCAUUUCACUGAUUCUGAGCAGCAGCCCUUAGGAGAAAAAACAUCUGUAUAUUUAAGCGUAUUAGGGACAUGAAGCAGUAAAAGUUAAUUUAAGUUCUUCAUCACCUGGAAAAUCACGAAGAGUUUAAGUAUUUGAAAGAUUGUUACACUGUUCCCAUUAAUUGUAACUGACUGCAUUAUUGACUCAUUUAUAUGACAGUACUGACAAGUUGGAGAGAAAUAGCUGCAGAAACUGAAAUCUCUGGGAGAACAUGGCAGGAUUUUUUCCUUUAAUGCUGAAAUGUCACGCGAAGUAGCGUUUUAUUCAAGAUGUAUUCCUUUCCAUCCUUCACAGACUAAUCCUGUGCAGAGCUAAAUAUCAAUGCAGUCAGAGCUGAGGCAAGCGAGUAAGAAGGUCAAGAUCUCACAUAGCUGAGCUCAGAAAUGUUGAGGGUGUUAUAUUUCCCUGACCCACAGCUGUGUGAGUUAGCAUUUGGCUCCUGAUCCCUUAACAGCCAGUUCAUGCUGUUAAUUAACGAAGAGCUUGGUGCAAAAAUUUGAGCAGGUAGGAGUGGUGCCGCCCUGACAGCUUUGGGGUGUCUCAUUCGCAGCUUCCUUUGUUUCUUCUGUGAGAACAUAAGUGAUGUACCACUUAACAAUUAGGGCAUCUUGGUAAUUAUCCUCAUGCCAUUCUCCCUCUCAGAUGCCAUUUUUGUAUCUUUGCAAUUGUUACAUUCCAGUGAGAUACCUAGAUCUCUGGAAACCUCAUUUUUAGUGCUCUGUUACUACUGCAGUACCAUCUCUCUCCUUUCUGCCCUAGCAAAUGUGUAUUCUAGCUGCGUUUUUAGCCUUCUCCCAGGAACACAAGACUUCAAAGCCAGGAGACUUGUAAAAGUGAGACAUCUUUGCUGCACUAUGUGAUAACUAAUUGAAUAUUCUUGUCAGUCUCUUCCUUGGAUAUUGCUUUAAUUGAUAUCGUUGUGCUAUUGGAAUGAUGAUUCUUUUUUCUUUUCCCCAGUAAAUUAGUUAGCGUUUUGGUGUGGGAUCUACACUACUUUAGGGGUUUUUGGGAGGUGGGGUGGUAGCGUUUGGCUUGGGGGAUUUUUUUAGACUUGUGUUCCCUUUUUCUAGGGCUUUAGAAAUACAGAAACCGCAUCCACACAUCUAAGACUUUUGGGUGCUGGGCUCUGGGGAAGCAAACUGGGAAGGGAACAUGGUAGUGUGGGUACAGAGAGGACAUGGUUUGCAAACUGGUUUUGAAGUGGUUGCCUCACCUAAAAAUGAAUUCAUGCAUUAUCUAUGAGAAGGAUUGGAUUUGAAAGUAUGAUACCGUGGUUACUUGAAAAACAAUGUUCACUGAAUUUGUAAAAUAAAUGUGUGAAAAUGGCAGAUUAAGGAGAGUCUUUUAGAAUGCUGCUUCUUUUCUAAGUCAGACUAUUUUUAAGCAUAUGGGAAUUUGUAUAAUAAAGACAGUGGAAUUUCUUUAAUCCAGAUGAGCUCAGGAAUGUAUUUCCAAAUCUUAACUGAGAUGAAGUUGAAAGUCUGCUACAUUUCUAAAAGAUAGGAUUUUGUUUACCAGCUUCUGUUUUGUAGUUUUACUUUCUAAAUUAUGUGGUUUAAUUUAUUUGCAAACGUCUCUUUUGUUGCUGUGUGGAUUAACUGCACAACGUGGUUCAACUGUAUUAA